AACAAGCUCUGCGACAAGAAAACGAAGAAGUGAGUUUGUUCCCUGAUCCUGUGCCCUUUCCAGAAGAAGGGAAACAGGAUGCGGCAAACAUCAUGUCAAUCAAGAGCUUCCUCAGUAAAGAGGCCGAUCCAUCUUCUGUGACUCAAUACGGUCGAAGCAGCCCUGGUGAUAGUUCCUCCGGGAAGUCAUUCUUCACCACGGAAAGCGGUAACGAUGACCCCAAAGGACCUCUUGGGUUGAAUCUGCUUCAUUCUCCAGCAGAGCCUCUUAUCGACUUCAUUUUUGUACAUGGUCUUGGGGGUGGAUCGAGGAAGACAUGGAGCAAGACAGGGUCGAUCUCGCACUACUGGCCGCAAGAAUGGCUCCCGAAGGACCCUGCCUUCAAACAUGUGCGAGUUCACAGUUUUGGCUAUGACUCAGACUGGUCGAAAGGAAAGGACAAUUGUCUAGACAUUUUCCACUUUGCAAAGUCUCUCCUUGGGGAGCUGAGCACGUCUCCUCAUUUGGGCUCCAAGCAAACCGCCAUGGUACUUUUGGGGCACAGCAUGGGAGGACUGGUCAUCAAGAAGACCUACCUGCUCGCGAGUCAAGAUACCCAAUACCAUGCAUUGUUGAAACGGUUCUAUGCCAUGUACUUCUUUGCCACGCCACACAGAGGCUCCGAUUCGGCCAGGCUGUUAGAAAAUAUACUGCACAUAACCUAUUCUCGCCGGGCCUAUGUCUCGGACCUCAAGCGCGGCUCUCAUACUCUGCAAUUAAUCAAUGAAGACUUUCGACAGCACGCCGGAAAGAUAGAGCUUUGGUCAUUCUACGAGACAUAUAAGCUCAACGUGGGUCUAUUCAAAGCACUAAUUGUCGAUCCCAACUCGGCGACACUAGGAUAUCCGGACGAGCAGCAGAUCCCUUUAGGUGCGGAUCAUCGAUCGAUCUGCAAGUUCGAAGGCCUAAAGGACCCUAAAUAUGUCACUGUACGGAAUGCCUUGGCUUCUACAGUGGCGAAAAUAUCUAGCUCUGAACGCAGCUCGAAAGACGGGCUUCGAAAGGAGCAGAUCAAAGCUUUGGGAGAAUAUAUUGGCGUUUGCGACCAGGCCGACGAUGACCUCAUUCUGGUCGAUGAUACACGCAUGCCUGGGACUUGCGCGUGGUUCGAGAUGAAACCGUCCUACGAAAGGUGGAAGGAUUUCGACAAGAAUGCUCCGAUGAUACUGCUGGUGACCGGAAAGCCCGCAGCAGGAAAAUCCGUUCUUGCAGGCUACGUCAUCAACCAGCUGCGCCAAACGAAAGCCAAUUGCAGCUUCUAUUUCUUCAAGCAUGCAGACAAACAUCAGUCUCGACUGAGUGCUUGCUUGCGAUCUCUAGCAUUCCAGAUGGCAUGCAUGAAGCCCGAGAUACGAGAUAUAAUUCUAGCCAUGCGGAAUGACAACGUCCGCGUUGAUAAUGAAGAUCCACGUAUCCUCUGGAGAAAAUUAUUUCUAUCGGGUGCUUUCCAGGCCGAACGUCAGCCACAUUACUGGGUAAUCGAUGCCCUUGAUGAGUGUGCGUCAAUCUCUCAUUUCUUCGACACCAUGCUGGCCAAAAUCGAUUCGUCCAUCCCUCUAAGAAUUCUUAUCACUAGCCGAGAGACUCCAGAACUAGGAAAUCAACUCUCAAUGUCAGGUCUAUCUGGAUGUGCUGUUGAGCGGAUGAUGACCGCAGACACACUGGCAGACAUCAAACUUGUUGUGGAAGAAAGAGCGAAGUCAUUGGCGAUUGAUGUGACAGACAAUCGGGACCUACUCAUUAGCAAGAUCAUGGAGAAGUCGCAAGGGUCUUUUCUGUGGACAGUGCUCGUUCUCAACGAAUUGACCAAGACCUACACAGAUCAGGAGAUGCGCCAAGUCCUUGAUGAUGUUCCACGAGAAAUCAAGCUCCUGUACCGAAGAUCUCUGGACUCGAUGACUCGAGAGCCGCGGAAUCGAAGACUAGGGAAAGCCAUCCUGACGUGGGUAACAUCUACCAUCCGGCCGUUACAUGUUGAAGAGCUGGGAUCUGCAUUGGAGCUGGAUAUCGGUGAUAGUUUUCCUAAGCUCGAGGAAAGCGUAAUGGCGUUGUGUGGUCAGUUAUUGACGAUUGACAAAUUUCAAAGGGUGCAGGUAACGCAUGAAAGUAUCCGUGAGUAUCUUUGCGGUAACGACAUCGAAUCCGAGUUUGCUAUCGAUAAAAUCAAGGCCAACACGCAGCUUGCUAAAGCCUGCCUCUCAUAUCUGACUAGCGAUGAAAUGAGACCGCCUCGAACGGGUAGGCGUGGUGCCACCAAGUCUUCCUUCCGGGUCCGGAGCAGGUUCUCCACAUAUGCCUGCGCGGCCUUUUGCUACCACUUGUCAAGAGCGGAUCCGCUGGAUAACAGUGUACUGGAACUCGUAGUGAGAUUCCUCAGAGCAAACAUUCUUUCCUGGAUAGAAGUGAUCGCCAAGACAAAGGACCUUACUCAACUCAUUCGCACGGCGAAACAUCUCUCAAAAUAUGCCGAUUCCUCCACUCUGCAGAGAUCGCCGCUUUGUCACGAAUUGCAUAUGAUCAGAGGUUGGGCAAUGGACCUGGCUCGGAUAGCGGCAAAAUUUGCGGAUGCUCUCAUUGCAUCUCCUAGUGCAAUUUACUCGCUUAUUCUUCCUUUUUGUCCCAGUGAAUCAAAGAUCUAUCAGACACCAAGUCCCGGGAAAAUGGUUGAGGUGUCGGGACUAGCCAAGAGUAAUUGGGAUGACAGGCUCUCGUGCAUGAAGUUUCAACAAGGUCAGACCACCGCGAUCUGUUACGGGGAGAACUUUUUCGCCGUGGGUCUGAAUUCAGGCAUGGUCGCGAUAUACCACACUGCGACAUGUCAAGAGCAGGGUGUGGUACAGCAUAAUGAGGGUGUAAGAUUCCUCCAGAUCACCACGCCAUCAGACCUCAUUAUCAUUUGUGGACUGAAGAUCAUCGCAGUUUGGGAGAUUCGAAGUCGCAAGCUCCUGCAGAGCUUCGCGUCUCCUCAACGGCCCAUCGAUAUGGUUGUUGAUGGCAACGUAUUGCUGGUUGCAUCUGCGAAGAACUUUCUCGCGUCCUGGAAGCUUGAUGCUGAUGCUUCCAGCAAUGCGAGAAAGCCUUGGAAUGACUCGGCUGAUAUGAGCAAGCACGCGCAGCGUGCACCAUCUGCUUUAUCUAUAUCCGUCGGUCAUAAAAUGAUGGCUGUCGCCUACAGCGGAAGACCUAUAGUGCUAUGGGACCUGCUUGAGGAUGCUUACUUUGGCACUUGUGGAAAGAAAUUAUCCAAUGGAGAAACAAGCACUCACUUGGUCACAGCUGUGGUGUUUAACCCAAAUUCUGCCAUCGAUCGACUUGUGGCUUCCUACCUUGAUGGGGAGCUUAUUCUCAUGAAUCCGUUCCAAGAUGAAGCCAUCUCAAGUGUUCGAGCAAAUUGUCACACCCUGACAGCCAGUCCAGAUGGACAUUUACUUGCAGGGGCUGUCGGUUCAGGUACAAUUCAGAUAUACGAGUUCGAAACACUGACCUUGCUGUACCAAGUAAAAUCAACGAAGCUUCAUAUCCGACAGUUGGCCUUUGGUCAAGAUGGACUCCACCUUGCGGAUGUCAGGGGCUCAGAAUGCAAUGUCUGGCAGCCUGCACUUUUGGUUCAUGACUCAGCGGGUGAUAGCAGCAGCGAACACAUGCACAUUCCGUUUGUCGAAGCAACCACGACGGAUGCGAAACCCAAAGUCGUAGCCAUCUCUGUCGACACACAACAACAGGCACUCUAUUGCAGUAAGGAAGACGGUUCUGUAUGUCUCUACAACAUCCAAACUGGUGCUUACGUCCGCACCUUAUACCGGCAUAAUUCAAGUGUUCAUCUCCUAACCUGGUGGCCCAACCGUGGGAUUCUGAUGAGUACUGACACGUCGAAUAAGAUACACGCGUGGAAGAUGGAGCGCCGGCGUCAGGAGGGUUGGGUCCUCGAAACCCUACUGCUUGACACUCGCCUCGACAGCAACCAUGCAAUCACGCAGGUUCUGGUUGGGGAAACAGCCGCAAAGUUUCUUAUAUCUACGCGUCAGGCUGAUUAUCUGUGGACAAUCGAUGGUCAACAGGAGGCCAUGAGGGCGCACCCAGAUGGACAAGGCUCGCGGAAGUGGCUUCAACAUCCAGAAUCAGAACAUCAUCUGAUUUGUGUAGAGGGAGCGAUAGCCCGAGUCCACUGCUGGAGUGACUGGUCCGAGGUUGCAACUGUCAGCCUUGACAUCAAUCUGAUAGGCCAUCACUGGAAAAGUAUCAACCCAAGCUUGAGCCAAGGGUCUCUAAGCCUCCUCCUCGAGGCAUCGGAGCCGAAUGGGCCAGCUAAGACGCACGGGCUUUUUCUCUACAAAGCAACAAAGCUCUCUUUGAGUUUCGAAACUGAGCAAACCAGGAAUCCGCAGAAUGGGGAGACUAGUCCUCCGGCUAUAUACGCUGGUCACGAGGAUUCAAGCUACAGCGACCCACUCAGUGCUAAGCUGGCGUCUCUCAGCCAUCAUAUCACCCAUGUCAUUGGCGUCCUUACGCAAACCAGAGUCGUUUUCCUAGACACCCAUUCAUGGGUCAGCAGCUUCGACCUCGAUCAGCCUCGAGAGCAGCGUGCCUCAUAUACUAGGCAUUUCUUCCUACCCUACGACUGGUUCUCGGGCAUACAGAAUAUUUUAUGCGCUCUCAGUCAGCGAAAUAUCCUGGUUGCGUACAACUCGGACAUGGCGGUCAUCAAAGGGGGUCUGGAUUACUCUCAGGUUGUGGAGAUAUGAUCGGGACGACUUUUUAUUUAAUUAGGAAUAUAAGCUCCUCUUGAACUUAGCG